CGGCGGGCAGCGGCGGAGACCACUGCGUCUCUGUCGUGCGUCAGAGCAACACCGGACUAAAAACGAAAAAAGAAAAAAAAAACGGGUCAAUAAGUGCACUCACCGAACCGGCGAUUAGGGCAUUAAUUGAGCUCCCGCAGCCAAUCAAUCGGUCGCAACCCGCGCGUGGACCCCCUCCGUCCCCCUCCACCUCCACCUCCACCACCACCGGAGUGACGCGUCUCGCGGAUGAGAGAGUGUGAGGCGGCGGCGGUGUUCGGCGGGGAGGAGAGGAGAGGAGAUGCGCAUAUCUGCAGGUUCUCUAGCGCGGUCGUAAAACGAGAUCCGGAGCCAUGCCCGGAGUGACCAAGUACAAUUUAGUGGAUGACGCGCUCGAUCUGAGGGUCCCCAUGCACAACGAGGAGGUGUUUAAUCAUGGGGUCUGCUUCGAGGCAAAGUACAUCGGCAGCUUGGAGGUGGGUCGCCCCGGCAGCCGGAUGGAGAUAGUCGCCGCGAUGAGGCGAAUCAGAUACGAAUUCAAGCUGAAGAACAUAAAGAAAAAGAAGGUCAACAUACUCGUGUCCACCGACUGUGUCAAAGUGAUCCUACGCAAAAAGAAGAAGAGAAAAGGCUGGUCAUGGGAUGAAAGCUCCAUUUUGGUGACACAAGACCCCAUCUACAGGAUCUUCUACGUCUCGCACGACGCUCAAGACUUGAAGAUAUUCAGUUACAUCGCCAGAGACGGACAGAGCAACGUUUUCCGCUGCAAUGUGUUCAAGUCUAAGAGGAAGUCUCAGGCCAUGAGGAUCGUGCGGACCGUGGGUCAGGCAUUCGAUGUGUGUCACCAGCUGACCCUGCAGCAGAAAAGCGAGGAUCAGGAGGACGAAGAGGGGAGGGUGGAGGAGCUGGAGGCAGCACCAGCGAAGAAGAGGCUCCUGCUGUCAGAGGAGACGGACCUCGAAGGCACCACGGAGGAGAGCAUCGAGUGCGUCUCCUCGUCAGACCCGGAGAAGAACAAAAAGGACGAGGCCCUGGGAGCCGAUGCCAAGGUGUGUGAGGACUCUCCUCUCCUGCUGAGCUCCCCCGUCAUUGAGGCCUCCUCCCUGGCCCAGCCUGCGGCCGAGGCCUCCUGUUCCGCGGAGCACCAGGUCCGGCUGCUCCAGAAGCAGCUCCAGCAGCAAGAGCAGCAGUCGCUGGCAGCUUCCGCACAGGUCCACGUUCUGCAGGAGCAGCUGUCGGUGGAGAUGUGCGCGCGCACCGAGGCCCAGGCCCGAGUCCAGAGACUGCUGCAGCAGAACACCGACCUGCUGCAGCACAUCUCCCUGCUGGUCAAGCAGAUCCAGGAGCUGGAGCUCAAAUCGGCUGGACACUUGACAUCUAUGGGUUCCCAGGACAGUCUUCUGGAGAUCACGUUCCGUGCCAAGCCCCCCGAUGCUCCCGGUGCAUCCAUGACUCGUUCCUCAUCCGCGGGCCCGUUAGCAGCUCCUUCCCAGCUCCAGAUCGCUGACGGCGCCUGGUUCUCAGCCCUCUCCGGGCCCUGUUCCCCGGGUGCCACCGGCGCCGACUCCGACUCCGUCCCCCUGGGGCCGAGCGGCAGCGGGGUCCGACUCGAGUGCUUCCGCUUCUCCUCCCUGGUGUCGGACAGCCUGGCCGGGGGCCGGGACGCUGGAGAGACGCCCAGCGACGAGAGCUCGCUCCUGGGGGAGCAGGUGCUGGGGGCCCUGGAGCUGCUGCGCUUCAGAGAGUCCGGCAUCGGGUCGGAGUACGAGUCGAACACGGACGAAAGCGACGACCGCGACAGCUGGGGGCAGGGAGAGGGGGCGGGGGCGGACGGCGCCGCACGGCUCUUCAGCGUGCUGAAUUCAGAGAGUCUGCCGGACUGCCUGGGGGACGAGAUGGCCGUUUAGCGGUGCGACGACGUCUGGGCGAGGCGAGAGAAACUUAUGCACCGCUUCGAAGAAACUGGUGCAGAAACCUACUGAGGUGUCACACAAAACUUAUGAGUUGUGAAAAAAAACAAAAACAGAAUUCGUCUAUGGAGCUAAAUUGGGGCCAUAACGUUUGUUAAAAAGA